AUGGGACAACAUUCUGAUUACAAAUCGCAGUUGGUGACAGAGAUUUGCUCCAUUUCGAAAUUUUCCAUUGCUUGUUCUCACAGGCACUGCACUACCCCUGCUCGAUCUUCUUCAACUUUCGUCGAUUGGUAUCGUCUUCUUGGGGUGGAAGAAACAGCUGGGAUUGAUGUUAUAAGGAAGAGAUACCAUGAACUUGCUUUACAACUUCACCCAGAUAAGAACAAACAAGCCAAGGCUGAAGUCGCCUUCAAACUUGUCUCAGAGGCAUAUUCAUGUCUCUCUGAUGAUGAAAAUAGAAGAGCUUUUGACUUGGAGAGAUGGAGCAAGUUCUGCUUUGAGUGUGGUACAAUUCCCUACACAACUUACAAGGCUCCCAGCAAUGCCAAGGCUUCAGAACCCACAAGUCGGUCGAGGUCUUGUAAAGUUAUCAAGGGCCUGAAAGAUAUCAGAAAUCGAUUUAGAGAAGAGGCAAGAGUGAUUGAAAACUGUCUGAGGGUUAAUAAUGCAGCAUCAAGAAAUGAAACCUCACUCUGUAGUCCACCUUCUUAUGUGUUUCAGAGCAAUUUUAAUCCUAGGUUGAGCAGGGAAACCCCUGUAUUCAACCCAUCUGAUCAUGUGGUUCAAGGAUAUCCCCAUCUCAGGACUCGAAUCUACGACAAAGAUAAAUCUCGGAGCUUUUGGUGCUUGAGAACAGGGCAUCACAUGUUGAAUUGUGAACAAGGAAGGGAUAGUAGGGCUACUUAUGAUUCACCAGUAUUUGAGGUCAGAUCAGAUAGUGGAAUUUUAAAGAGUAGAUCUACUUGUGUUCGUUCAUAG